GUAUCACCAGCCUCCCGUUUGCCUCCGCCUUGCUUUUUUUUCUUUCUUCCAAGCCCCGCUUCGUUCUCUCGCGGUCGCUUGCCGAAGCAGCUGCGCGCGCGCAAAAACGUGUCCGCCUGCGCCUCCCUCCCUCCCUCCUGUCAAUCUCGGGCCAUCCCCGAGUACGCACGCGCGCGAGGGGAAGGAACGCGAGAUCCUUGACAAGAGACCUUUUCUGUCAAGACGCGCGCGCACGCGCGCGACUGGGACAGACACCGGAGCGCGCGGCGUGAGCCAGGAUGACUAGGUGCGCUCGCGCCUUUGCGCAGGCGCAGCUGCCCGCCCCGCCUCGCGCUGCCCGCCCUCUCCUGUGUGGUGUGUGUGCGCGAAGAGAGAAGAUGGCGGCGGCGGGGCCAGCAGCGUGAGGCGUUGAGGGAGACGCUGAGCUCGCUGCUGCCGCCGCCUCCCCCGCCGAGCGGGGACGGGGGCGCCAUGGCCGUCCACGGCGCGCAGGUAAACGCCUCAAGCCGAGCCCGGAGGCCACCACCUUUUAUUCCCUUUCCCUGCCUGAAGGGGUUUCCCCUCCGCGCUGUGGCCCGGCCAGGCCUCGCCUCCUCCUCGGGGCAGGAGCACGCUGCGUGUGUGCCUGGCUUGGCAAGGGCUGGGCCUACCCGGCCGAUUUCUGCAGGCUCAUCGCGUCGUGUGUGUGUGUCAUGGCGAGCGAGCGGGUUGUGGCGGGAGGGCUUUCUCCCCGCUAAGCCACGGGGCGCCUCUCUCUCCUCUCUGUACAUGAUGAAAAGGAGCGGCUGGUGGUGGUGGGGCGCGCGCGUGCUCGCGGAGGAGCACAGCCAGGCGAGGGGUUUAAAGGCAGCCAUCCCAUUGCACACUUUACUUGGAAUUGAGCAGGAAAGAAGAAAUUGCGGGAGCGGGUGGGGGAGAGAUCUCUCCAUUGACCUUAAUGGAAGAGCACGCCUAAAAUAUUGUGUAUGCGGGAUUUUAUACCCCCUCCCGAGUUUCAAGCACACAUGGGUAGGGGGGGUUUCAUCGAUAUAUUAGUAAGGAUGAAUUUGCUUGAGCGGCUUUAUUCGGAGAAUAAAACCCAUUGGUAGGACUUUCCAUUUUGUUUUGUUUUAACUCGCAGUUUAAAGCGGGAGGAGGGGUUGUGCUGUUGCAGCUUUGCAGCUUGAUUCUCUGAACAGGUUAGGGAAACUGGCCAAUAUUCAGUCAUGAGACUUUGCUCCUGGGUAAGAGUGCGCUGGUAGGAAACCCAACAGCGUGCUUUGAGGGAGUAAGUCUCCCUAGGUUCAGCCAUAGGGUUUUACGUAUAGGUAAAGUGAUAUACUCAAGUGAUAUUACUCAAGAGUAAGCCUCAGAGUGCAUAGGAUUGUUGCACCUUUUUAACCAGGCACCCUUUUGUUGUUCAGGCGUAAGUUUCCCUGGGUUCAGGUAUAGAAGAAUUUUACUGCUAAUGUUACUGGACUAUAACUCCCAUCUCCCUGAUAACUGGCCAUGCUAGCUGGGGCUGAUUCCAGCUUGAUCCCUGAGCAGGCUUAUUAUUAUUAGGAAGUGAAUUAUACUACAUUCAUAAUAGGACUUUGGUCCUAGAUUAGUGUGCAUGAGUUUGUAACCUCAAUCUUUAUACCUUUUUAAGUGGGUGGGUAGAUUAACUUUGGAGGUAAGAAAUGAAAUUUUACCAGUGAUGGAGGCAACAAGUGCAGAAGGUAGGGAAACACCGAAAGUAGGCAUUGCUUUUUGUAGAGGGGGGGAGGGAAUUGGAAAAAAAGUGCCCACGGACUUGCAUCCAUUCAUUCACUCUUUAGUUCUCACAUGCUUAACUUGGAAGUUUUAGUCCUUGCUCACAGACUGCCAGACAUGCAAGAGAGUUAAAAGCAUUGGACAGGUGCUAAUUGCGAGUAGUUUUAUACUUGUUUGUUGCACUCUGGUAGUAGGUGAAUACAUGGGGUAUACAUAGGACACACAAGUAACUGGGAAGAUUUCUUUUGCUCAUAGAACUUUCAUCUAAAGUUCAUGUAAUUGAAAAAACUUGUGUUGAGGCAGGAUUCUCCACCUUCAGGCCUUCCUGAAAACAUUACAAGACCGCAAAACAGUCUACAAUCAGCUUCACUAAAGUAAAGUGGAGGAUCUGGACACACUAUGCUGGACACUGAAGGACAAGGACAUUGUUUUAGUAAAAUGAAUUUGUAUGACUUGCAGCUAUGUCACAGACUAUGGAUGAAGGUGACUCACACCCUAGAGUACCCAGUAGUCUGACCUAUAUAUAAAAAAAAUACCAUCUUAAUAUGAUGGAUCAUGUUGACCCCUGGGAUUUCAAAGAAACAAGGUUAUCUCUUCAAGAGAGAGAAAAUAUUACUUAAAUGCCAGUAUAACUUGUUUUGUAUCAAAUUUCUAGAUUUGGGAUUCAUCUGAUGUCUUGGUUUGUAGAUGGAGUAAUACAAACCCCUUCCCAUUCCCAAGUUAUUUUCUAGGAGACCUUUGUUUUGGGUAAGGCAGUGGCAAAUACUAAGUGCUGUUUUCACAGAGAAAAUUGGAGGGGAGAUUAAUAUUGAACUUGAGGUACAAUUGCAAUGAAUCUUUGUCUGGCUAGUUAGAAAAUAUAACUUGAUACUUCAGGGGGAAAAAGAGAUUGUAUAGGAGUCUUUGAACUGAGACACAUGGUGGUAUCUUCUACAUCAUGAUCUGAAUUAUGCUAUGUAUGAUGCCUGGUUGUUUCGAUCUGGAACUGUUACUACUUUGCUGUUUGGAUCUAAUGCUUGACUUUGGCUCUUUAAUAAAUUUGUAGAGGAUCUUUGGUCAGUGCCUUGAGAAAUAUAGUAAAUGACAAGCAAAACAUGAGUGUAGGCAUUUUGUGGUUGUAUGUUACUGUUCUACUUGAUUUUCCCCUAGCUUUUUGUUCUCAUCAAAGACUUAUGAAAUAAAGUGCUGUUCCCCAUUGUACUGGCUACUGACACCCAGAAUGAUUCAGUUCAGCCAGAUUUCCAACUUGCUGCCUUCCAUAUGUUUUGAAUUACAGCUUCCAUCAUCCCCAACCAGUAUGGCCAUAUUGGCUGAGGCAGAUGGGAGUUGGACUCCAAAACAUUUGGAGGGCUUCAGUUCGGGAAGGCUGUUUUUGGUAGUGUGUCCCUGUCUGACAUGGGAUAUAUAUACAGGUUUAGUAUAAGUUUUAUAUCCACUAGCUAUUACUGUGUUUCUUUAGUGUUACCUGUAUGGUUGAUCUUAUUAAUUGGCAUCUCUAAACACAAAUGGCACCUAUAGUCUGUAUACAUUCUUUCUGGCUAGUCUUUUGGGCAUGGCUUAACUUCUACAGUGAAGGGUCAUAGUUCAGUGGUAGAGCAUCUGCUUUGUGUGCAGAAGGGCCUAAGAUCAAACCCUGGCCUUUCCAGGGAAAAUACUCUGUCUGAAAUGUUGGAAAGCUGCUGUCAGUAACUGUUGACAAUAUGUGCUAGAUGGACCAUGGGUGAACCAAAGGUUAGUUCUACUCAGAGUGGACCCAUUGAAUUUAAUGGGUCUAAGUUAAUCAUGUCCAUUAAUUUCAAAUAUUUUACUCUUGGUUGGGUAGAACUAAUAUUGGAAACAACCUCAGUGGUUUCCAUUGGUAUAAAGUAGCUUACUAUGUUCCUGUAGGAAGUUGCAUUAUAGAGCAGUCCAAACUGCAUAUCUGCCAUGCUAUACAGUGGUAUCUCGGGUUAAGAACUUAAUUUGUUCUGGAGGUCCGUUCUUAACCUAAAACUGUUCUUAACCUGAGGUACCACUUUAGCUAUUGGGGGCUUCCUGUUGCCACCACGCCACCACCACACAAUUUCUGUUCUCAUCCUGAAGCAAAGUUCUAAACCCGAGGUACUAUUUCUGGGUUAGCGGAGUCUGUAACCUGAAGCGUCUGUAACCCGAGGUACCACUGUAGAGGGAUUUGGAUGAGCUUCAGCUGGUGAGUAACACCAAAGUGCUCCCGCCCAAGGGUUGGACAGACAGAAGUUAGAGCAAAAACCAAAAUGGCCUGAUCUGGCCUCCUUGCUGCACCAGUCUGAGAGCUGGUGUAACAGAGUCAUUUUUCUUCCAGGCUGGCUGGCAUGAAAGGCAGGGCCGUGGCUGCAGUGUUCCAUUAAGUACCACUGCUUUGGGGCAGAAAUUCGGAUUGAUUCAUCUAGCUCAAUAUUGCCUGCACAGACUGGCAGUGGCCCUAUUGAUUGGGGAUCCUUCUCAGGCUAUCCAAUGAUGCCAGAUUCAACAUGGGACCUUUUGCAUUCAAAACAGCUGCUCUACCACUGAAGUGUGUAGAUACAUACUGUCCAUAUAGAGUCCAUGUAACAUUUAAGUGAAAGUAAAGAGUGUGGGCCAUGGUUGGUGUGGCUAUACCAGCAUUUACCCUGUCAACAGUUAGUUAGUUAGUUAGUUAGUUAGUUAGUUAGUUUGUUUUUAAAAGGCAGUACCCUUCAACCCUCCCCUUAGUAUUGGUGUAGAUCUGGCUGUAGAGAUGAUAUUAAACCUUUCAAAAUACAUAAAGAAUGAGAGAAACAUGCCUUAAAGUAGUCUUAUUUAAAGUUUUUGGGGUUUUUUUGCUAAACAGGAUGUUCUGAACACCUGAAAGGAAGUGUGCAUUUGCAUUUCUAGCAUUUUUAAUAUUUGGAUUAAAAUGUGGUCAUUGGAUUCAAAAUUCAGAACUUUCCACAAGGCUUUAAUUUCUUCUACAAUAGAAGGUGUUAUACUUGAAGCCAUUAUGUACAUUAUUUUAGUAAUAAACAAUUAGACUUAUUUAAUGCCAGAGAAACCUCAUGGACAUGAUUCUUUGUAGUUUGUAUCUGGUGCAGUGGCUAGAGUGAUUGUCCUGAAAGGUAGGAUAGAAAUCUUUUAAUAAAUAGAGUGUUAGAUUUGAUUAGAAGAAGCCAAGGUUCACAUAAAUGAACAACUGCAAAGCUCGGUAGAUGGCCUUAGACAAGAUACAAUCUCUCAGCCUAAUCUGCUUCUCAGGGUUGUUGGGCAUUGUGUGCAGUAAUGUUUCUUGUUUGUCAUAGAUUUGUUCUUGGUUAUAAGAAGUCAAUUAGGAGAAGCUGGUGACAUGUUUGCAUGUGGGUAUAAUGGUGUCCCAACUGACUCAUGAACACUCUGCUCUUUGCUACUUCAAGGACUGACCGAUUAGUAAUAGUGAUCACUUAUAUUGGUUUUUGGAAGUUUAAAAGCAUUAUCUCAGUACUUGGUAAAAUGAAGCAGCUUCUAGUUUGUGUACAUGGAUGAAUAGCUGCAGCAGUCAUAUACAGGAAUCCCCCCUCUUAUGCACGGUCAACUCGUGUGCGAUGAUGUAUACAUGUGGCACUGGGAAAUAAAAAUUUCAAAUAAAUAAUUCAAUUCAAACCUGAAAUGGUGGGAGAGAGCUGGAAAGUUUUUGUGGCUCAUGAGGAGACUCUCCCCAGAGCCUGAAGAGGACGCCAGUGAGCCAAAAGUCCAGAAAGAAAGUUUUUAAAAGCUAUUAAAAGAAAAGGAGUCCAAGGGUUCCAAAAUGGUGUGCAGGAGCUCUCACUGCUUCCAUGUUAUCCUGGUCAACAGCUGUUGGGCAGGAAGCUGUAUUGCAGCAGGCUCUCCACUUACGCACAUUUCACUUAUGCGUGUGGUGCCCAGAAGACAACCCUCUCAUAAGUAGUGAGUCGCCUGUAUUUGGAAUUAAGGACACCAUUUGGCAAUGAUAGCAGUGGCACAAUAGACUGUAGUGUAGUAACAGGCAAGUGGUAAAAGUCAGGUCUGCAGUCUCUGACAACGGUUCUGUAAACUAGACUAGUAUUACUACCAUUCCCUGUGUAGCAGAUGGGGGUGGAAUUGAAUUUGAGAGCUAGUGGUUUGCCAAAGACCUCCUAGCAAAUUUAUGUUAGAGAUGAUAUUUAUGUAAGUUAUAGGCUGCGGGUGUAGCCAACAUGGUGCUUUCUAAAUGUUGGAGAGUUUCUGAUCAGCACUGGCCAGCAUAGCUAGUAUGCAGGGAUGGAUGGCCAUUGUACAGCAACAUCUAGAUGGCACCACAUUAAUUAUUCUUGCUAUACAUUUCUUAACUUGUCUGUGUGCAGGUCCUGCAACCAUGCUGAAAUUACAAAAUGAUAGUUGCUGUAAAUUGAUUUCCACCUAUAACCUGUCAGCUGUUCACUUGCAACAUCUCUUUAAAUACUGCAUUAGGUUAGAUUGAUCCCACUGAAGUAAGUGGCAAAUGUUCUUUUAAUUGUUUGAUCUUCAGACUUGGCUAACUUCAAUUUGUUAGUUUAGAGUCUUUGAUUUCAAUGCGGAUUCUUUGGCUUUAAAUUUCCUUAACAGGCUCAUUCUAAAACUACUAAGUGUACACCUUAACUUUUCUUGCUUGAAUAACUUUGAUAAAAUAGAUCACAUUUUUAAAAAAGUAGUCUGCAGGAUUCACUCGUUUAUCUUAGUAUAGCUUCUCUCUGAUAUUCAGGAUUUUUCAUUCUUCAUACUUAUUAGACAAAUAUGCCUGAACCUGAAGUCUGUUAAUUCCCUUGUUAUGCAUGUUAAAGGAUCUUGUUCCACUGUGAUUAUUCUAGUCAUUGUAUAGCACAGAUAUGUGGGUUUUUAAGAUGUUACAGUAGUACAAUUAAUUUUAAAAAGCAAAAUAUUAACAUGAGCAUUUCUGGAACUAAAUGAAAACCCUCAUCAUUUGUUAGAGUAUGCUGUUCUGUAUAUAGUAAUUUUUCUAUAUUUUAAGGCUAGGGGGCAUCAAGUAGACACUGCUAGGAAGGCUACUGAUUUUCUUGGAGUUUAGACCAGUAUUCCUGAAAAUGGGGCCCCUCACCCUUUUAGAGUGUUUAGAAACUUGGCGGGGGGGGGGGGAGACAAUUCCAGCCACUCAAGCAUUUUUGCAGUAGCAUACAAAUGGCAGAAAAUGACAGGAGAGCAGUGGCUGUCAGAAAUCUACAUAGAAAUUUAUUUCGGAGUUCAGUAUGCAAAAGCAAAGCAGUUAAAUCCUAACAUUUGGAUUUAGGAUAACAUAAACCUACCUAAUAAAUAAGUUAGCAAAAGUGGAAAGGCAAGAUACAUGUUUAAUAAAUAACCUACCUGCUCAAAACAUUUUGGUAAGUCAAAUAAACAACCAUCAUUUUAUAAAAUGUAGUCUUACAGUUGACAAAAAUUUAUGUCCUUGCUGUUACUCAGUGUAGAUGUGUUUUCAAGCUUGUGCAUUCUGAUUGUAAAUGUGUACUUGGAAAUAUGUACUGGUACCUCUAGUUUCAGUGAAACUUAACUCCCACAUAGUUGUGUUAGGAUUGCAGCCAAAGUUGAAAGGCCAUAGUAUGCCCUCAAGUAUACCUUUACCUGUAGCAUCUGUCCAGAAACCUUGGCUUCUGCAUACUAGCCUGAGACAUUGCACAUCAAGUCUUGUUAUGGAAAGUGGCUGGGCAACAACAAAAACAAAAACAACAAAAACCACCCCAGCUUGACUUUAUCUUCUUGCUUCUGGCAGUUCUUUGGUUGCAGUAGCUUUCAGGGGCUAAAUCACUUGACGUUGAAAUACUAUUGCUGACUUCAUUGGAGUAGUGGGCUUGCAGCAGAAUGAAAUAACAGGCUGGACUUGAUCACUUUAGAGUAUAUGGGGAGAUGCAGUUUUGGAAUAUUCCCCUGUGAGCAUCCUGCAGGUGGAAAACUGGAACUUUAGCGGGAAGAUUCAAACCUCUUUGCUUGCUGUGGUGGUUUCCUGUUUUCUGGGAAUUAAAUGUUAAGGAAGAUUUCAGUAAUGUGAUUCUGUAUCUGCAGCCUUUAGUGGUGCAACCCAUUCUACCACCAUAUUCUGUUGCAUAUACAGACCAGCCCUCAGAUUCUGCUGCCUUGAUUCUAGAACAGAGUUUGAAUAUCUCUGCCUCAUCACCUUCAUUUAACACUGAAGGUGGUGUUUUAGUUUGAAAGGCAAACAUGCCAUUGCUCUAGGUUUAUUAUAGUAACAUAGCUGUCCAAGGUUUCAAAGAUCUUUCUUUACACCAAGAAAACUUCUGUACUGUGAUACCACAUGUUUCAUUAUAUGCAAAAUACAUUGGAUAUGCAAUCUUUUGUUGCUGUUGUUUAAAACAUGCUUUCUUCUUGGAAUUACAUUUAGAUGGGCAGUAUUGUACAAAUUGUGGUAGCCUUGAAAGCUGUUGUGAAAUUACUGGAAUGACAUAAGAGAAGAGAAAUAAUUUCUGCCUGUUUUGUUCUGUGCAAAUCAAUUGGGUAGAAUAAUUUUAGUGCUCUUCAGCAUUACAGAUGUAAAAUUUCUGGGAAUUUUGAAUCCUCACUGGAGGAUACAAUUUUUUACCCUGAGAGAUUUGGGGAGAAGGGGUUUUUUUUAAAUGGAAGAAAAAUCAUUUUAAAAGCUUUCUUUACCUAGGGGAAUAUUUACAAAAGUUGAACCUCAAAUAUAAAUUCCAGGUAGGGGGUACUUUGUGACCAAGAGUUGUUAAUAUGAAAGAUAUGAGAGUGUAGAAAAUUGGGUGAAUGAAUUAAUGUAUAUGAAGCUAAGCUAGAUGUAAAAAAAACACUGUCAUGGAAUGCUGGGUGGGAAAUCAAACUGAACUAUUGUGUAAAAAAAUGGGAAAGAAGUGUAAUUGUAAAACUCAGAAACUCAAAAAUAAAAAUAUUAGAAGUUUUCUUUACUUAUCAAAAGUCACUUUGUUACUUUAAGAACAUGAAAUGCCUUAUGUAUAACUUGGUUUAGCAUUUAUCUGGUAUAUUAAAAAUAUAGUUUAUCCAGACAAGCUGUUGAACGGUAAGGAGUCUAUCUUCUUUUACGGUUUUGCAAGUUUAUGAAGAGCAGGAAAACCCCCAAUAAAGAUGAGCCAUCAACAUAAUAAUUAAACAAACUAUUAUUUAUUCUUAAAAUUAUGUCUCCUCCAGUCCUACACAGUGUCAAGCAGACAUAAAGCACUAAUUUGUUUAUAAAAAGAGUCAAGAAAAAGGGUAGUGGAAACAAAACUCACUAAAUGAAAUGUAUUCAGUUGCUUUUUAUUCAUAUUUAUCAUGGACUUCUAAAAAUUGAAAGUUUACCCAGAUGGAAACACAUGUCUACCCUUUCCCAUGUCAGUUUAUUUCUUAAUUUGGUAUACAGUAUUUCCAAACAUAUACCAGUUUCUUUCAUGUGCUUCAGAAUAUGGAGGAAUCUGAAGUAGGUAAGAAGCAAGAGCUGGAGGCUUUGUUGUGCAAAGGCUUUGCCACCAUGUUGCAAGAGGGAUAUGUUUGGCAGGAUCCCAGACUACAUUUCUUGGCCAAAUACCUGAAGAAGUUUUGUACUUUGCAAUAUUUGAAAGUACCUUUCCAGCAUCAGGUCCUAAGUGUGCUGCUUUUUUUGUAAUCCAUUCAAAUAUGGAAGUAGUGAUACCAUCACAAGAUUUUUAAAAUGUAUUAUUAUUAUUAUUUAAAUUUCUAUACUGCUUAAUAUAUUUGUAAAAUAUCUCUUAAGCAGUGUACUGGAAACUGAAACAACAACAGAGAACUUUAACAAAAUAUUGCAAAAUUACACAGUUACAUAUAAAAAUGAUACAUUGAUUCACCCAGGGUCAAACAAACUCAGCUCACCCACAAAAUUUUCACAAUGAGAAAAGAUCUUGGAAACAGAUCUUUCUUUCUGGACUUGCUUUUUAUGGGCUGGCUCAAGGUGGAUGGCACCUCUUCAAGCUGCACACAGCUGUGUCCCAUUCAGCUGCACUCUCCGCACCCAGUUCCUGGUACAGCAGGUUUAUUGAGUUUCCCAGGGGGGUCCAAAGGAUGGGUAGAGGGGCCCCCUUCACUCACAACUCCUCCUUCACCCUCUGUCCUCUCCUCUUCUAGCAUUUUUACUGUCCCAUAGCAGGACGUGCUUUUUAUGGGCAGACACCAAGGGUGGUACUUCCUCAGGCUUCCCACAGCUGUGUCUCAUUCAUCUUCUGUCCUCUCCUCCUCCUCCUCCUCCUCUGCCUCCUCCUUCAUCUUCUUAGAUACUGACUGGCUGCUGUUACAUAUGCAUGCAUCACACCCAAGAUGGUCUCCAAAGUCACUUGCAUUUCUCCUUUGAAUUUUGGGUCCAAUGUAUUUGCAGCAGCAUGAAUUGGAUGGCAACAAAAUUAUGUUGUUCUGUACUUUCAGUCCUUUGAGGCUUAGCGACAAGAAAAAAAUAGGUCUACUUUGGCUUCCCCCCUCACAAAAAGCUCAACAACUUAUGCUUGCCCCCGUUAAAAUUCUCAACAACUUCAGGUCCCCCUCCCCAAAAUGGUUAGAUCACUGCCAGCCCCCCCCCCCCACGGGAGUAGAUCGCAGUCUCUUGGGAGUUGGAUGUCCCUGCUUUAGAAGAAAGAUUGGGGGGGGGGGGACCCUCCCGGGCCUUCAUGUCUCUGUACCUGCUAACUUAAGUUGAUUUUAAUUCUUCUCUGAAUCUUUGUGUCAGCCAUAUUUUAGAAUUCCCAUUUAACAUUUUUGCAUGUACAGAAUGUGCUUUCUUUCUGCAAAUUGCCAUAUUGCAAGAACUCUUCCAUAUGAACCUAAUAAUAUAGGCAACCUACACAGUUCAGUUUCAGUUUACUGCCAUAAACAUUCUACAUGCUGUUGUCUGCUUUGUACAGGUCUGUUUGUAGUAGAACUUGCUGGCCUUGAGCCACUGGAUUAUAGGCAUUUGUCAGUUUAAUGCUGCUUCAGCAAAGUAGAUAUUGAGUUUGAAAGAACUGCAUUGCUAGAGCUGCAGUUUUUUUUCUGUUCAGUUGAAAUGCUUUAUAUAUAACCAUUUAACAUACCAUUCAGGAUUAAGGAACUUUGUGUGGAACAAUGGUGCUUCAUGGCAGGAGAGCUUCUAGCAAUUCUAAAACAUGUGUAUAAUUGAGACUAGAAAUUCCUGCUUUUCCUGUGCGUUAGUCACGUUCUUCAAAAGAAGCAGCUUGUGAAAAGUGUGUACUGUGUAGUGGUAGUGAACUUUAGUGUACAGUGUCUAAUAGUAAAUGUGCACAUUGCUUUGGCUCUGUGGAAGCUUCCAGGGAAGGCUUAUUUGUGACUGCAGUUCUCUCUUUGGGAAAGAUGGGACUAAUAUAUAGAAACAUUUUUCUGAAGUGACUUCUCUGUGUGUCAUAGGGUUACUGUCUGUUUUGUACAUUGCACAUAUUAAAUUGUGGGGCAUUUUUGCCAAGGUGAAGUCAGAAAGGCCCUUGCAAAUGCACAUCAGGAACUGUUAGUUCACUGGUGAGACGAUAAGAAGCUUAUUAGGUCACUCAGUAUCUGAUUAAGUUGAAGGUGGCCUGUGUUUGAUCAGGAUAGAACAAGAGUUGAGUGUUGUAUUGGAAAAGUUAACAUGGCCAGUAGUAUUGAGAGUUCUUCAGAUGCCAUAACUAGAUACAGUACCACAUGUAGGAGUGUGUUUUUGAAAAUAAGUGCAGGAAUGUCUUGGACACAACCCACUGGGAUUUCUCUUCACACUGUAGCAUUUUGUUACAUCACACUGCUGUUUUAAAUUUGCUAAUUUGGCUUGACACUUUUUUUAGCUGAUAAUUAUUUGGUAGAAAGCCUUUAUUAUGCCCCAGAAACCACUAAUCUCUCAACCCUUUCCCUCAAUAAUUGUCAAAUAGGUAAAAUGUGUUUUUGACUUGUUGUUCUGGUAGUGGCUGCCACAAACCCUCUUCAUCAACCUUGAGAGUUCCCUAGCAGGAUUUGAAGGUUUUGGAAUGCAGAUGCUAUCUGGGUAUGGAGUAAAGUUUCAUUGGACAAGUAGACUACUCCCUGCCUUUUUUUCCACCCUCAAAUCAUCCUGAUUGUCACACUGAGACAGUAGACACAGCUUUUGAGACUAUUGCAUUAUACAUGUGUUCUGUUUGUGAUUGGAACAGCUACUUUCACACCCCAGAUUGGAUGGUGAUGUGGUAGUCGGGGUGGUAAUCCCAGAGUGUCUCUCUCUGUUUGUAUGUGACUGAUUUAAGUGUCAAAUCAAACUUUUCAUAAUAACUUUUAGGAUUUGAAAUGUAAAUAGUUUAAAAAUGUCUUCAGGUGUCCAUGCUAUCAUAGUUUCUCUAGAAUUUGACCAAAAUUCAUAGGUGCAUGUCGGAGUGGAAAGGGCUAGUCUGGCUACUGCCUAGCUUCUCAUGUUAGUCUCGGCAUUCUGGGUUCUGAACAAGAAGACUGGGCUUCUGGAGAGAGAAAUUGGCUGGGUAUGCAUAUGUACUUGAAUACAGAGGUGGUAAAUUAGACUGCAGGUGGAAAAUAAUGUUGCUAAAUAUUUCCUCAUGUAAAAAAACAAAAAGAGAAAAGAAAAGAAAAGAAACUUCAUACUAGAUGGAAAACUAGCAUGUUGGGAGAAAAGGCUCCAUUCCAGUGCUGUGCUAAUUUUGCUACUAGUAGAAAAAUAAGGGGUCACUACUAAUUGGUACCCUCUUGCACUCUGAAGGGUUUCAGACAAUUUUUCUACUUCAGUAGUCUACCACUUCAUUCUCUUGAAUGGUCUCAUUCAGAAUAGGGCAUUAUUGAAGGUGGCGAAAUGAGAAGGGUAGUGUUUAGUUGGGAUUGUCAGUGCCAGGGGAAGGUUGUGAUGAUAUACAAGGUAAGCUUGGCUAGAAUAUGAAAUUGCUGCAUUAACUUUAGAUUAGCUGUGGUUGGUUGGUAUAUCCUUUGUCUCACAGCAUAUUUUCAUGGCACCAACUAUCAUCUCUGAAUGAGGUGAAGCACUUGACUGUUGGGGCAUCCAGCAAAAAAUUAACUCACUGGAAUGAGUGUAUUUUAGUUUGUGGUGUGGUCACAGUGCUUUGGUCCUGAAUAAACAAGUGAUUUGCCAGCAGCAGCACCAAGGAGGCAACAACCAAAGCAAUAUCCAGGGCUAGUCCAAGUUCAGGGUCCAGACUAGCAGAGUUCACAACAAGGUUUAGAUGAGAGGCAAGGUCAGAGCACUUCAAGGACUGGUUUGACACAGGGCACAGAACUGCUACAUAGAAUGUAUCUAGUCCCUUCUCUCCAGAGGUUUCAUUGAGAGGAAAAUCUUACGCUUAAGGAGCUUUUACUCCUGAGGAGUCCUUGCCUGCAAUCAGACACUUUUCCAGAUGGACUAGGCUUCCACCUGGCAUUUAAGGCACUGUCUUUCCCUUGGGCUUCAGACUGUUCAGUCUCAGCUUCGUCUCAGGGUCCUGGCUUUUUGCUACCGGGUGCAGACUGACUGGGGCUUGGUGUAAGAACAAGGCCUCCUGGGUCUCUUCUGAUGAUGGUACAUAACACAAGUGUCUGUUGAGUUGGCAUUGCAUCUCUGUUUUGAAUCUCUUUUUGAGAAGUUCAUGGAUACACUUGUCACAGACCUGAUAUGAUAAUGCUUCAUUUGACACACUUUCUUGGUGGCUGUAGUAUAUCAGGCACUUCGCAUAUUGAUUUAAGCCUCUGAGAGAAAAAUGUGGUGGGAACAAGUUUUAUUUGUGUAACAGCGUUUUAAGCUGCAUGACUGCAUUUCAUUCUUUGCAUGACUUCAUCUAAAAUGUUUCUAACAAAUUCAGUAUGUUUUUGUGCAAGCAGCUAUUUUUACUUCGGUGUGAAAUUGUGUGUGUUGAAUUGUUUCAUUGAAAUGAGUGUUACUCCUUGAUUAGUGUUGAGAAAUCCACUGAAAUAUGAGAAAGGAUUCCAGUAUACUUCAGUUGUGGCUUACUUUGAGGUGUUACAUAGUUGAUAUCAAGCAGCUGCUUAGAUGGUCCUUAACAGAUUAACAAAACUUUAACCAAGUUCCAAAAGCAGUUUUCACUUCAGGGCUAUAGCCGAAGCAGAAUUGGUAUUAGAGGCUGCAGCAUCAUUGCCAUUAAAAUUGUCACAUUUAGUUUUUGAGCUUUUAAAAUCAUAAGAGCAGUAUCCCUUGAAGUAUUUCCAGUAGCAGAAAGAUUUUUGUUUGCACAACAAAAUGUCCCCUUCCCCUCCAUGCCCCGCCAUCUGCUCCAGAGAGUUGUGAGAAUCCCCAACAUAGAUUUUUUUGGGGGGAAGCAUGAUAAUAAGUUAUGUUGUUCAGCUAAAAGUCCUCUGUAGUAACUAAACUACUUCGCAGGAUACUGCCCAAAGCUCCUACUACAGUAUACAUUGGUGUUUCCAGGACCCUUCAUAUAUGUUCACACCAUUAGUGGCAUAUCUUCAUCUGCUUGUUAGAAGCUCCAUUUGUAAAAUUGCUUGAAUGGAAUCCCCAGACUGCAGUUUUUCUCCACUGAUUGAAAAAGUGAAGAUGCUUGAACGCCAGGAUGGCACCUGAUAUCUCUACCAUCUGGAGGUGCAUGCCUAGGGUUCAUUGGAUUUGGACUGUUUUUCACAUGAUAAUACCCCAUCCUGUAUAAUUCUGUCAGUUAUAUUUUAUCUACAAAAUCAGAAUGAAUUUCAGGAACCAAAAUGCUUUUUCUUUGCAGGAGCAGUCACCAAUCAGAAAAAGAGGUGGGAAAUAGGCCAGUAUCUAUAUGGUCUGUCCAUGGAUCAAGUGACUUUUCUUUUUUUAGUUCUCAAAGGUCUUAACCUAGCUCAAGGUUGUCAUCUGAACUAUCCACAUGUUUAACUGAGAAUCAAUCACAGUCAGUCCAUCAUUUGAAAAAUAAGACUUUAGAGCCGUCUUGCCCCAAAAUGGCAACUAGACAUUCCGUUUUGGCAACUGCAACCUUCAUUUAAGGAGCCAUUUGGUGCCUAGCUUAUAUAUCUUGCGUUUCUAACACUAAUUACAUAUGUAACCUUUACAAUAGCUGUACACAAGACAUGGAUGUUUAAGCAAAAGCAUAGGCAUAAUUGGUUUAAUCUUUCAAAAUUUAAAUGCUGGGGCCUUCAGUUAACCAGCUACUUGCAGUUUUAGAAGUUGUGGUUGGAUAAUUGUCAGCUUCUUGUAUAAAUUAGAGGUCACACAAAUUUCCAAUGAAGAGAUUUCUCAGGAUUCUUUUUGACAAAGGCCAUUGAAAUUUCCAGCGAACAUAUGCACAACAGCCAAGUUGUUGCCAUGGUCAACUUCAGUUAAUCUAAUUAAAUACAAUAUGUUUUACUUUUUAGUACAUCUUUGGGGAAUUCAGCCCCGAUGAAUUUAAUCAGUUCUUUGUGACUCCUCGUUGCUCUGUUGAGGUAAGAACUAUUUUAAAUUUAUUUACCUGUACAGUCAUACCUCUUGUUAUGUUUGCUUCAUGAUACGUUUUUUCAUGUUGCGUCCUGCAGCAACCCGGAAGUACCAGAAAGGGUUACUUCUGGGUUUCGCCACUCGCGUAUGCGCAGACGCCCAAAAUGACGCCAUCCACAUGCGCAGAAGCGGCGAGUCGCGACCCACGCAGACGCGGGUUGCGUUCCUUUCUGGUUGCGAACGGGGCUCCGGAACGGAUCCCGUUCUCAACCAGAGGUACCACUGUAUGUGUGAAAUGUUGAAAUCUAUUGUAUGUUGAAAGCAUAGGAGAAAGUUAGUUUAGUAUAGAUCAGUGAGUACCCUAUAAUACUGCCACACGGUUUUGCUUCACUUUAAAUUUUGAAUGUUGUUACAGUUGUCAGUAGCAUAUCAGUCCACCCCCACCCCACCCCAUAAAUCCAAUGUGUUUAUUUUAUCAGUCAGCCUGGUAAAAGACUGCUGUGUAUAUCAAAUUGUAAAGAAGCAACUGUUAAUUAAAGGGCACACUAAAUGACUAAACAACAACAUGCCAACUUAAAUGUCAAUCAUCAUUAAGGGCACAGGAGAAUAUGUGUACAAGAGAGGAAGGGUGGUUGGUGGUGGGUUCAGAUUGUUCCAUUCAGUGCAGACAUAAGUUAUCUUUGGUGAAAUCUUCUUUCCCCACCACCAAUGCAACCAUUUGUUUUAUUUUCUGUACAGCUUCCACCCUACAAUGAAACCAUUUCAUGUGGCCUUAAGUCCACAGGAGAGCUCCAUGAUGGUAAGAAGCCAUUCCUUCUUCACAACUGUUUCCCCAAUCCUUUUGAAGUCCAAUGUGUUGCAGGUUCGUUUCUUCUGUUCAGCUUUGGGGGUUUGGGUUAGUUUGCUACUUAAAUGUACUAACCCAGUUAAACUUAUAGCAAUCCAUAUUUUAUGGUUUCUUUAGCUAACAGUAAACCCUCACUCCCAACUGAUGGCUUUGAAAAAGUUCUUUUAAAAGAAUCCAGUGGUUUUGAGGCCUUGUUGGAUCAGUGCUGUUAGUUGUUGAUUAUUAGGGACUUGUAAAUGUUAAAACUUCAGCACUUCUCAAUAUUGAAAUCUGUUUUUCUUUAAGAAAGAGAAUGACUUGGACAGGGCUGGAAAAGUAAGCAUGACUGAUCACUGAUCUGUUGAGACAUGAAUGUAUAUUGCCUGUACUGAAAGUUUCAUUAGAUGAAGUUUCUUCCUGGGCACAAUUCAGACUUCGUACUGGUUUUAAUCUUUACAGGGUAGUCUUAUGUAUGUUUACUUGGAAGCAAGUGCUACUGGGUUCAAUAGGGGUUACUCCCAGAAGAGUGUAAAUGAGAGGGCAGCCUUAAAUCCCUAAAUGUUUUAGUCCCAUAUAGACCAGCCCAGUUAUUAAGAUAAUCAUUAGUGGCCUAGGUGUCACCACCUGCUAAGGGGAUUUGUUUGGGGAUGGUACUUCAACUUGGUACCCAUUGUUUCCCAAAUUUGACAUCUUUUAGGGGCCAAAUUAAAGUAUUAUAUUUUCCUAGGGUUUCAGCAGUUUUUAACAUUGGCCUUCAGCUUCUUUUAAAGCAACUGCUGCUGCUUUGAUUACUGAUUGUUUUUACUGUAUUAUAUAUGUUAGCCACCCUUAGAGUAGUUAUUGAAAAUGUUUUCACCCUUCAUUUCAGAAAAAAAAUUGCCAUUUUUUGGAUGCUGGUAUCAGAUGGUUACGUUGCUUAGUUGCAGUGACCUUUGAAAUUCCUUGUCUUAGAGAUGGGACUAUGAUAGUUUUGCAGAAUGUGUUUUUGUUUUUCUUGGUCAAAGUCACAAAAUUCUACUCUUAGUGCCAGCCAUGUGAAAUAUAGAGCCUUGAACAUCCUAUUGUUGAAAAUCCUUUGACAUUCCAAUCUAUGCUGACAUAGUAUUGGAAAAAUAAUUAAGCUAUUUUCAUAUUUUCAAUCUGCACAAUUUAUAUUUGAUUAGGAAUGUUUUUAACAUUUAUGAUGAAAAGGAAUAACUUGAGGUGAAGACAAGUGAUUGCAAACCUAUCUUGUAUCUGCCCCCACUUCCCAAGAAAAAAAGCACCACUUUAAUAGAAGUUUAUUUUUCUCUCCUAGGGGAAGAGUAUCAGAGAAUUGAAUUUGGUGUUAAUGAGGUUAUUGAGGCAGAUUCAUCUGUGCUGAAUAACAAUGACUACAGUAUUUCAAGUACUCUGAAUCCUCAGGCACCGGAAUUCAUUCUUGGUUGUGCACCUUCCCAGAAGACGCCUAGUGAUAUACUCAACGAAGCCAACUAUAACUCCAUAGACUGCCAGUUCACUGAUUCUUCUCUCGCUUUGGAUAGCAGUUCUAAUGCUGAAAAUGAUAGUUUACCUGGGAGCCUUGGGCAAAGGGAACGCAAAAAGAAGAAAAAAAGACCCCCUGGAUAUUACAGUUACUUGGAAGAUGUUAGUGAUGGCAUUGUUCCUGCCGAGGCUUUGGUAAACGGGCAUGCAAGUUCAUCAGGACUUAAUAGCAUAAGCACAGAGGAUGUAGACCUUACAGGCGACGCGCCAUUGGUCACUCCAAGGACUUGUAACAGCCCUGAAAAUUCUGUGGACUUCACUAGCGAAGCCGUGUCUGAUGAUUCGGUUUCUAGUGCUCUAGAUGCUACAAGGACUGCAGGGCAGCCUGAAGUAUGCAGUGUUACUAAUUUGGAACAGUCUUGUGUCCCCUCCGAAACUGGGAGGGACAGCCCAUUAAGGACAGCUGUUGUACAGCCAUAUGCUGGUACUGAUACUACUGAAAACCUUGGUGUUACAAAUGGACAAACACUUGAAUCCUCUAGUGAGGGCACAGCUGCCAAUGGGGUAGACUUGCAUCCUGUGGAAAGCACCGACUCAGACCAAACUAAGCCUGAGGAUGCUUUGCCUACUACUGAGGCAACCACCCCUGUUUCAGGAGCCGUUUCUGUUAAUCAGCCUGCAAAAUCAUGGGCAAGCCUCUUUCACAAUUCCAAACCUUCUGUUUCCAUGCCUAUGGCUUAUGUUGAGACUAAGUAUACCCCUCCUGCCACAUCUCCUGUGGUCCCUGAGAAACAGGUUGAAGUCAAAGAGGGGCCUGUUCCAGUUUCUGAGGAUCCUGUAGCCAUAAGGAUUGCAGGUAUCAUUAAUGUGCUUCAAGCUUGAGCUACAAAGAGUGUAGGAAGGUUUGAAGGAGUGGAAAGUUUGAGUGAACCUAAAUGUCCUAAUGCUUUAGUAGCACAAUAGUAAGAAAAUGAUUAACUGUGUUAGAGUGACACCUCUUGUUUAGUGUAAUGGCUUCUAGCUUUUUGUUAAUAUAGUAUCUGGUUAAACACACAACUGUGGAUUGAUGCUUACUUCCUUUUCAGUGUACAAGUAACAGUGAACUCUUGAUUUGAUGUGCACACACACAAAAGGAUGAGUUUGUUUAGGCUGGAGCAAUUUUGUUCUCUCUUCUAGAGCUAACCUUUCGCUGCUGCUGUGAGAGCCUAUGUUUGGAAAGUUUUGCCAGCUCAUCACUGAGAGCUUGCUAUGUUAGGGGAUCUUUGUUCUUUUUAAUAACUCCUUCCACCCAGGACCUCUUUUGGGAGGGCUGAACACUGCUCGUUUAUUGCUAGGGAAUAUUUGAAUACAACUACUCGCCUUCACUCAUACAGUUAUCUGUCUCACCACAAAUAAAAACACACAUUUUACUGGCCCAUGGCAGCCUUUGAGCCACCAGACUAACACUGACUUUGAAUGUAUAAGCAGUCUUAACAGUGGCCACUAGGACUUAGCCUGUGAUCUGUGCUGUGAGCGCCACAUUGCUUUGUAAUAUCUGAUACAUAGCCAGAAUAUGCAAGCACACGUAGCUUGACAUUCUGCUCAUUGUACACAAUGUGAAAGUAUUCUUUAAAACUGACAAAUACCCUGUAACAUGAUAACGGGGCACAGAAUGGUGCUGAAAGUUGCUGAUUCUUCAGAAACGUAUAACUGUAUCAUCUGCAUGCAUUCAAAGCACAAGCGACCACUGACGUGUGCCGUUUUCAACCCCAGAAGGGGGCGGAGUGGGGCUGUGGGGCUACGCGCAGUGCCGUGGAAUGGCACACAAAUGGGGAGUUGCCUGAAAUCAGAGUUUCAUCCCCAUAGGCAACUAGAUUGCAUGAAGAGUUAACUUGUGCUGCAGACAGAACUUUUUUAAAUAUAAUACAGAAAAAUAAUACUCUUGACUAUAGAAAGGCUUGUAUAACUUCUUGGUCUUGAUAUAAUUUCUUUAUAUUCCUUUAUUUCUAAAUAUAUAUUUUUUUUCUUUACUAGCAAGCAAUUUUCUGCAUGUCUAAUCCCCCAAAGUGGUAGUUCUUGUCACAUUUGAUUUCAAGUCUAGGUUUAUUAAUCUCUUUGACCUAAAUUUCAAUAGAAACAUUCAAAAGUGUAAAUGCAUGCAACAUUGUUGGAUGGUGUGCUUAUAAUGAUUUACUUCAUACAAGUUGGCAAUAUGUUCAUUUUUAAAAGAUCACCAGUGUUUAUUUGGUUUGACUUUUUAAAAAAAACAAUCACUAGUGUUUAUUUGACUUUUCAUUGAAUAGUAGUAACCUCAUCAGUAGCAUUAUUCUACCUGGGUUAUUAGAACCUUUGGUGGUGGUGGGAACAAGACCUAUCUAUAUAUAAUGGCAAUAAAAGUGUAAUAUGUGGCAUUAAAAAAAUUAUAAGCUUGUUGGGGUGGCUCCAUUCUAUUUAGUCAUUGGUGUUUGUAUCUGCAAAGAAAAAGUAUCUUGCAAGAAAUAACUUGUUUCUGUAGCAGAGCAUUUUAUUAAGAGUUCCUGUUGCUAGUGUUGAUUACAUAAACAGGGUUGGUUGCAUGUCAAUCAGGAUCUAGCUCUUAGAACUUUAUGCUGCCAUGUAAGCCCAGCCCUGCUUAAGGUCCUAAUGCAGAUGAGGUCAAGCACUUCAGAACAGGCUUAGAGUAAUACUGUCUACUGCUUCAUUUUACACCCUGGUCUUCUCUUGUAAUGCACUUAAUGCUUGUUGCUGUAACAGCAAAUGAGAUGUUUUUGCACGUCCCUUGAUUGUAUAUGAGAUUAGAAUUCAAAAAUGGAUGUUGCAAGAAGCUUUAUACAGAGUAUAACUAAGCAAGCAUUGGAACUAUAAGAGUAACUCUUAAGCGGGGAAAUCAGAACUGUUGUACAGGUGACACAAGUCAUUAGUGGACAACUGAUGGUACAUGCAUGUUGUAGUGGUUCCAGGUGAAGUUUUAUACCUGUACUUUGCCUCACCUUGCCUGCAAAUCUAUGGGAGGAUAAAUACUGGUAAGCAUGAUAAGACAUAACCAAAUGUCUUGCAACAAGAAACCAAUGUGUGUAAAUUCAUUUCAUUGGCCACAAGGGGAUGCUAAAAUACUGUUUGAUUUUCCUCCACUACAUGUGUAAUAGGCAGUAUAUUUGUUCAGUUGGAAGUGGAUUUGCUGACAUUUUUGGAUGUGUUCUUCAUUUAACAGAAUUACUGGAAAAUGUAAAACUAAUACAUAAACCAGUAUCUUUGCAACCACGAGGGCUGAUCAAUAAAGGAAACUGGUGUUAUAUCAACGCUGUAUCCUUGCAUUGGAAAAAUAUUACCUGGGUUAAUUAACUGCUUGUGUUUCUCAUACUGAAAACAAAAUAGAUCCUGUUAUCAGACUUUAAAUUUAAAGGUUCAAAAUGGGAAUGGGGUAUAUUUCAAGUGAGCAGUAUCAUUAUGGCUGCUGAAUGGCUUCCUUGUGCCAUACAGUAUUUUAAGUUCAUUUUUGUUCUCCUCUCUUUUCGCACAAAGACGUGGGUGUGUUAAAUGCUGUCUUUAUUAACUGACUCCUUAAUGCAAUUCUGUAGACACUGCAAGCUUUGGUUGCUUGCCCUCCUAUGUAUCACCUAAUGAAGUCCAUUCCAAUGUAUUCGAAAUCACAACGGCCGUGUACUUCAACACCAAUGAUAGAUAGUUUGUAAGUAAAUUGCAAGACAAUCACAAUGUUUGAAUUAGAAUUGUAAGUUGGUAGACAUUCUUAUCUUCUUUUUUAAAAUAAUACUAAUUAAAGGUUGGAAACAUUCAAUGAUACUAGGUAUUUGGUAGCUUAAUUGUCCCUUCACAGAGCAGUACAAGGAUAAUAUUUGGAGCAAACCUAAAUUAAUAUCUAAUUGCCAUAUUGUUUGAUUUUCAAAUUAUGCUGCCAUAGUUACAACUCCAUCUCUUCCCCAUUCUGUGGAUUUGGGAAUAUUUCAAUUUAUCAGAGUUAAAAUACACACCCAUUUCUAAACCAAAGCCCUGAUCUUUGGUGAAUCUCUCAUUCAGUGGCUGGGUUUGGACUACCUUUCCUGAUUUCAUAAAUUAGAUCCUGGUUCACUAUCCUAGUUAAGCCAGACUUCUCCAGUUAGGUAUAACAGGGAGCUUUGGUUUAAACUAAAGCUAGCACAUGAAGAGAAGCAAGGGCCAAGGAUGGAGCAUGUGGCCCCCAUGUGCAUUCCCAGCUUCAUAAACUGGGAAAGAUUGUCCGAACCUAGCCAGUGGAUUGCAUUCAGAAACAGUUCAACAUUGCCAUUGUGAAUUGGGGCUCCAUCUCCUUCAGCUAACGUGAGUCAACUUUCCCCAUCGUGGCUCUCCCUCCAGACGUUUUGGAUUAUAACUACCACCAGAUGGGAGUUGUGUGGAAAACAUCUGGAUGGUGCCAGGUUGAGAAACGCCACUCCAAGUAGUGUGUAUGCUUAGUUCACCUACCACAUGGAACAAAAACUUGUCCAUCUCAGCGCUAGAGAUAAAAAUAUUGAAAUAGUUGCUUUUAGUGCAUCAGCUGAGGAAGAGGACCGGUAAAAUAAAUGUAUGUUGACACUCAAAUGAGAUGAAGAGAGGUAAAAUGUUUGUGGCUAGUUGUAUCUAGUAACAUUUGUUGUCUCUGUAGCUAACACCGAUUUCCUUUUGUUCUACUUCAGUGUCCGCCUAAUGAAUGAGUUUACAAAUAUGCCAGUCCCGCCUAAGGCAAAACAAGGUGGGUAGAAAAUAAUCACCUGCUAACUGUCUGGUGACAUAUUGGUAGAGUGGAGGAGUUCAAUGCUGUCUUUGUAUGAUACAGCUGAGGUUCUUACAUUUCUGCAGUACAAAUUGGCUUUCACCAAGAGGCUUGUGUGAUGUCAGGUAAAAAGAACCUUUCUGUUUAAAAAGCAUACAACAUUUUUGCAGCAUCUUUUUUUCAGCUCUUAGGACCUUACAUAAAAUAUGAUCUUGUUUCAGAAAGAGAGUGUUCCUUCUGUACUCUUAAGAUUGGUUUGUUUUUAAGGUGGCAACAAACCUCUUGCAUCAGUUUUGGAGGUGUUGGGAAACUGGCUGUAUUCAGACACAAUCCUUAGGUUUGAUGUAUCAGCACAAAUAAAUUGUAUUUCAUGGUUGCAUGAAGUCAAUUGCUGUCAUUCUCUCCAGGCUGAUCCAGGGCCUCAGUUUCUUUUGUAUAGCUCUCUUAAUCUUUGCAUCACUGACCUGUAGGUUUUUUACCUAAAUUCAGUUCUCGGUAAUUUGAUGGUGUAAGUAGCCACCUAUGAGAACUUUAGUAGUUGCCUUGCCUGCUUUUCAGUGUUGUGUGAUUGUGGUUAAGCCACAGACAAACCUCCACAGCAUAGUGUUGCUAAAAGAACAGGGGCAGUGAUUACUUCAUUAUUUGUUGAAAAUGUAGCAUUGAAUCUGUCCCACCUUGUACUUGAAAUUCUGGCCUUGUUAAGUUGUUGAUCUUUGUCAAAUUGCUCUGUCUUUCCCCUUUUUGUUUUGGCAGCUUUAGGUGAUAAAAUUGCUAGAGACAUCAGGCCUGGAGCUGCCUUUGAACCUACAUACAUUUAUAGAUUGCUGACAGUUAUCAAGUCAAGUCUGUCGGAAAAGGUGAGAUUAGAUCUUUUGAGCUGUUUCUUACCCUGUAUUAUGUAAGCAGCUGUAGAAAAAUAGUGUUUGCAGUUCCAUUUUAUUACGGCCCUAAUAGGUUUAAUUUCAUUCUUCAGCAGUGGUGGCUUAUCCUUGGUUGCAUCUGGAACACCCAAAUAGUGCCAGACAUGCUAAGGGAGCCAGAGUUAAAAGAAUAGUAGGCUUGUUUUAAAAAAUGAGUUAUAUGUGUUGGGUGUCAAUAUAAAAUGUGAGAUAAUGAUAACUUGUGGUAAGAAUACUGAAGGCGUGGUACCAGCUUCCUCUUCAAACCUUGAGGCCUAAAGAAUUAGUCUUCACAUGCAGUUCUAGUAUUUAUAUGCUGUGUUUACAUUCAAAUGCAGACAUAUUAUAUGGAUGUUUCCAUAACUCUGGAAUCAAGAGUACAAAGGAGACCCAAGGAUAUAACACAAAAUCUGUAGUUAAGGUUUUAUCCAAAGCUAGGAUUAGCAAACCCAAUGUUUCCUUCAUUCAGCUUCCAAAUGUGCCAGAAUAAAUGCUUCAUUGAUGAGUGGUACUUUUUAUCAAAAUCAGUUGCAUUCAGACAUCUUGUCAUUUGAAGUGAGAGCUAUUGAAAGGAAGUUCCUUGGACUGAUGAAAAACCAUGUCAGAGUACUUUUUUCUAUGCAUAAGUUCUUGCACCAAAUUCUCAAACUUUAAACUCUCCCGAGUUUUAAAAAGCAGUUUGGAGCACAGUGGGGAGUAGUACUGCUUUGGAAACUUAAUUUAACUUCAGUGCACUGAGUAAUGUACUUGUGCCUUUGGAUCACUCCCAAGAACCUAAAUAGGAAAGUGUUGGAGAAUGAGUGGCUAUACUAAAACACCUUUUUCUUCAGGGCAGACAAGAAGAUGCUGAAGAGUAUCUGGGAUUUAUUCUAAAUGGCCUACAUGAGGAAAUGCUGAUUCUGAAGAAGUUGCUAUCUCCUCACAGUGAAAGUAAGUUUUUUUAAAAUGCUAAUUAAUAUGUAUAUUUAUAUAUAGCAUAUUUGUAUAUGGACUCUGUGCAGACAUAAUGCUUAUUUAUGGUUUGUUUUCUUCAACUAUGCCAUGAAGUAUGUAAACAUAGUUAAUGAUUUGACCUUAAGCCAUUUUGUGAAUCAAUGGUUUGAAGUAGGUUUGCAAACCAUGGUUUACAUUAACUGUAAUUAACCAUUACAUCUGCAUUGCAAACCAAAGCUAAAACAGUUUUCUCACUUCUCCAGCCACUGUGUCCAAAGUUGCCAAGUGGUUCUCACUGAUGUCUCCCUACUUUCCCUUCCUCUCCCCCAAUCUUUGAGUUAGACGGUAGUUUCUCUCUGAGACUUCUGGGUUAAAGAAACAAACUAUGGUGUGCCCUAAACAUUCUUAAGUCUUACGCCUGCACUGUGCUAUAGUUUUAUGUUUUGAAAGAACGGAGGUAGAACUACUCAUAUAACUGCAAUAGUUGCCUGAGCAGGUAGAGGAAUGAUACUUGCUUUUAAUGAUAAAGUUUGCAUAAAGCAGUGUUUCCUUCUAGACAGAAAUUAUCUACUCUUGAGUAUCACUUACCAUAUAAUAAUAUAUAUAUAUCCAGGAACAGAAAACAUACAUUUCCUCCUCCCUCCAGAACUUGCCGUUUCCAAUGGUCCGGAGACCCAGCCUGUAAAUGAAGAGGAAGAACAGGAGGAGCAAGGCGAAGGAAGUGAGGAUGAAUGGGAGCAGGUUGGACCACGCAACAAAUCCUCUGUCACUCGGCAAGCAGAUUUUGUCCAGACACCAAUUACAGAUAUAUUUGGUGGUCACAUAAGGUACAAUAAAUUGUAAUUAGUGUUAAUAGAAUGUCAGGAUCAUGUUUAUGGGUGAGGGGAAAUAGACAAAAUCAGUGUAUGCCACCAUAAGUACAGUCGAACCUCUACUUACCACCACCUCUUCUUACGGUCAUUCCAAGUCACGACCGCGGCAAACCCGGAAGUAACCAGCGGGUUUGCUGCUGUUUGCGCAUGUGCAGAAGCGGCCAUCACCGUUCGCACAUGCGCAGAAGCAUGCUGUCUCCGCCUGUGCACAACGGCGCCUCUCCCAGCGCCCCUUUUCAACCACCAGACGGACCUCCAGAACGGAUUAUGGUCGCAAUAGAGGUUCCACUGUAGAAGCUUAGUGUUCAUAAAUAUAAAAUGUGUUGUGCAUUAAGGUACACCCCAAAAGUUGAUAUAGAGAGAUUCCUAUAAGCUGGUGCUGCCCCAAAGAACGUACCUUCAUUUCCAUUCCUUGGUGACAGGAACUCGGAAGAGCCAGCCCUACAUAUUUCUGAGACGACUUCUUUGUAUGUUUAAUCUGGUAACAAUUAUUAAUGGCGAGCACAUCGUCCUCUGUUGACAUCCAAAGGAAGCAAGAUGAAACUGAGGGAUUCCUGUUUUCUUCUUUUUGCUGAAUGGGAGAACCGCAAAUCUCUAAUCCCACAUGUGUAGUCUGCUUUCUGCCACGCCUGUCCUACUCACUAUACAAAGUAGGUCACCGCAGAAACAAGAUCCCACGUUAGGAUGUUGGAAAGCUUUCUCUUGUGAGGCCAGCAGCGGAGAUAGGAAUGGUCUAAUAGUAGUCUACCAAACAUAAGCUCUAGAAAUAGUUGUAUUUUCCAUCCCACACAAAAAUGUAGAUUAGUACUUCCUCCCCCAUCGUGUUUUUGGCUCUUCAUUGCCUUCAUGAGUACCUUGUUUCUUGCAAAGAAAUAAUAAGAAUGCAUUAAAAUCCAAAUCUGCAUAUAUCUGAACUUUUCAUGCCAAAAUGUACUUAUAAUUAUCAUGCUUCACUCAUGUAUGUGCCUUUGUGUGGACUUUGCCCUUAAGAGCAGUAGUUGAAAAGUGCUGUGCUGUGGUGGAUUUUUAGUAUAGAAAAAAGAACUAAAAAUUGUGGCAGGGGACACGAGAGAGGUUUAUAAAUUACGUUUGGUCUCAAGAAAGUAAUUAAUUGGCAGUAGAUUUAGAGUGGUUAGAAUGAAGUACUUCAUCCAGGUUCCAGAAUUCAUUGGCACAAGAUGUGGCGAUGGCCACUAGUUUAAUGGCUUUAGAGGAGGAUUACACAAGUUCAUGGAGAAAAUACCUGUCAAUGACUCCUAUAGUCAGGAUCGCUUUGUUGAAUUUUGGUGUUCACUAAACACCCGUUUCUGGUAGGACGUGGAGCGCAGCCCCCCACCCCAGUGAAUUCAAUGACCAGGCAGAAUUACUUUGAAUUGGGCUUGAAAAUUAAAAACUCAGCACAUAAUAGCAUGGAUGUAAUAUGCUCCAAUAAAUGUGGCUGCAGCCCUCUGCAAUAGCUGUAGUUUCUGAACAUGUUUCAGAGGCAACUCCACAAAUUCAGGUGUAUUUUUUUAUUUUCAGAAAAAAACCUGCAUGGUAGCAAUUUCAGAAAGUCAAGAUAAUUUUCAUCAUUGCAUUAUUGCUGGUAUUGCUAGUACAUGCUUAUGUUUUGUUUUUAAAAGAACUGAAAGAAAACAUUUAGAAGUUGUGGAUGCACUAAUAGAGAUAAGACAGCCAGAGGGAGAGAUUGAUAGAGAUUUUCCAUUCUUCUGUUAGUCCAUAAUGUAUAAGCUAGAAAAACUUGGUUGCUGUGGUGGACGUUGAUGUGUUGGUCAGUCUUGAUAGUUUCAGGGUGGAUAUAGUGAAAAUAUAUAUUGAUGGAAAAGAGUUAUAAGGUUGUAUGUAGUUAAUGUUCUUUUUGUUUAAGAAAUUAAUGAAACUGCUUCAUCUUUCUAAGACGGUAUUGUGAUGGUAAUUCUUCAUUGCUCUUACUUGAUAAGCUAGCUUAGUUAAUAAAGUUAUUUCUCAAAUUAUUUUAGCCAGUAUAUUAAGGUGAAUGGUUUGUUUGUUUUCUGUAAUCAAGCCAUGUAGAUCUUUGCACAGGUCAGAAGAAUUCUGAGUAGCUAUUGGUCAUUAUUCCAGACUUCUGAUUUAAAUUCCCAGGAUAAAGGGAAACUAUAAUCGUUGAAUAUCUAUAGCUGGUAUAAAUUUGUAGCUGGAUAUACCCUCACUUAAACAAAUAAAAUUUUGAGGCCAGUCUUUAUUCCUGGUGGGCAGCAGUUUAAAGAAAGAAUGAGAGUGUGCCAUGCUCCUGGACUCUUCACCAAACAUUGCAGUUUUAUUGGUGUUUUUGUGUGUUGUGGAAAAAUACUGCUGCAAAAUGCUAACCUGAAAUAUUAUCUGGAUUAAGUGUGGUCUCAUUCUGACUUGAAGAAGCCUCUGAAUAAACAGCAUGUUAGUUCUUGAUGAGAAAGGUAUCCCAAAUGUGGCUCUCAUGUAAUGGGUGGGGCAAGUUGUCUCUUACAAAAAUCAACCUUGCCAUUAUGAGGGCUUCACAUCGUCCAAGAAAGACCUUAUUCUUUCCUUAAAAUAAAGAUGCUACUGUAUAAAGAGGUGAGUGGGUGCCAGUAUUAAAGAGAACCUGGGGUUAUGUGUGAACCAAAGUAACAAUUUUAUUUAGCUUUUCACAUUCAGUAUUCAUGAAUAAGCUUAAGCAAGUUGAAUACAAUUGUUUUAAGAAUCUGGAUGUGUUGGUAUCUUUCAGUGGGCUGUAAAUUUGAAAAAUAAUUGGACAUGAGAAAGGAAGUCCCAAUGGCUAUUUCCCAUUCAAUCCUAAUAAUGCUUUUAAAGAAGAGGAGGAGAAAGGAAAGUAUUGUGCUUAAGCUAGGAGGAUGGGUCAGUAACUGAAAGAAGUACUAUUCUUUCCUCCCCAUCCCUUGCAGGGGAUGCAUCUUUAAACUGUAUUUCAUUUCUGCAUAAAACCUGACAUAUUCAAUUUCUGGAUACUGAAUCUGGUCAUUACUUUAACCAUAUGUCUUUAUAUCUGUCAAAAUCUGGCAGGACUUUGUAACACAAGAGCCUCAUUUUAAGUCUGCCUACUGAGUUUGGCCAUGAGACAUUUUUAUAUGGGUUUCAGGAAGAUAUAUGUGAAGGUAUGUGUUGGCAGUCUCGCCAUCAGUCAUUCCAGAAUUAAUUUUUGAACAGUUUUCACAAGUGCAACUUCUAACUCGUUUCUUUAGAUCUGUGGUUUACCAACAAAGUUCGAAGGAGUCUGCCACUCUGCAGCCAUUUUUUACUCUGCAGUUGGAUAUCCAGUCUGAUAAGAUACGCACAGUUCAAGAUGCUCUGGAAAGCUUGGUGGCAAGAGAGUCUGUUCAGGGUUAUACCACAAAAACCAAGCAGGAGGUAAGUUACUGGGUACUGGGUACACUUUUUAAGUCAAACAUUACCAUUAAUCAUUAUGUGGGUGUUUAAUAUUGUCUGUGUUGACUGACAGCAAUUCUCAAAGAUUUCAGGAAGAAGUCCUUAAUCCUGUUACCUGACAUCCUUUCAACUGGUAAUGCUAGGUACUGGACCUGGGACCCUGUGCAGUCAAGACACAUUCUGUCCCAUUGAGCACAUUCAUAAGACAAGUGCAAAAUGUGUUAUGCAUCCAUAAAGCCUAGAGUCUCACAUCUGUGGCUGAUUGAACACAGCCGUAUCGGGACAAACUAAUGGGGUAGUAGAAGAGAACCAGGAACCAGACAACAACUCCAGUCUACUUUGUGCUUCUUCCCUUUUAUAUGUUAGCUGGGUUGUUUGUGACUGGUCUUUAUUAUGUCUGUGUAGCAUAAAUAUUGCUGUGCUGCUUCAUUUUAAAAGCUUAUUCAGUGAACUGCCUUUUGCAACCAAAGUGAUUUCCCCCCAGUCUGUUCCUAAUGAGAGUCUUGUGGAAUUUAGUGCUCUAGAAUGACCUAGUGCUUAGCUCAUUUAUGUAAUUAAUUUGCAUACUUUCUCAAUUUAUCUUGCAUUCCAAAGAACCCCAAGCAAUGUACAAAACAGAAAUAAAAGAGACUAUUAAUAAUUGAAUAUAAACCUGUGAAUUUUGGAACAAUGCAAUGUAAUUUUAACAGUGACCAUGCCAAGAUUACUUUUCUGGGAAGGCCUGUUGGAAUUAAAAUGUCUUCAGUAGAUGCUGAAAUCACAAAUAUUAUUGUAUUAAAAUGGUUUCUUUUACAUUUUUCUGUGAUGUCAAGCCAUGCAGAUGAGUAAAUAUGAGGUGCUUUUGUCCUGAUUUUUUCAAUAGUUAAUAGAACGAUGUGCCUAGUUGUAUUUUUCCACUGCUGUGCUCUCGUCAGAUGAUGCUUUGAUAGAAUCAGAGAUGGGUUAUUUAACUAGCCUUAAUGUAGGAAGCACACACCAUCUUUGUAAACAGAGUGGUUCUCUACAAGAUAGAAAAGAGUGGGCUUUACCACAGUGCUUAGGCAUUGGGAGGAGAGGGCAACAACCUGAAAAAAGGGUGAGAAGCAUGUUGCCCUGAAAUUAUGUGUAGGCAAACGCAGCCCGUCUGGAUUUUAUGUCUGACAUGAUGUGUGGGAGUGAAAGUGGCAGAACAUCUCUUUGGUUGUCUGAGAGACCUCCUUGUAUGGGAGGAAAACUUGCAGUGCAAACUUCUCAGGGCUUGCCACACGAAUUUUGUUUGGCCAGCCACUCACUUCUUGGUUUUGGUACAUAUAUGGUUUUAGUCUCCUCUUUACUUGACAACCCAAAUGUUCAAUUAUGGCUUCUAGAAGAAAUGGGUGUUCACUUGAGGUGCUAGUCUGGUCUGGUUUAUAUUUUAGUGUCUAGUCUGGGAAGAGUGCAAACAUCUCGUAUUGCAUUUUAAAAAAAUAGUUUUCUCUAACAUAUUUAUGAACAAAAUCUCCUUUUGCACUUUGCACCAGUCAUUAACAAAAGCUGAUUAAAUAUGUGAUCAUUAGCUCAUAGGAGUAGUGUGCAGAACUGGAGCCGAAGAGCUGAACUGAAAAUAAAUUUUGAACCAAAAUUUGUCCACCAAGUGCUUUCUGCAGUGAAAGCCUUCAUGCCUAUGAAAGUAGAUAUAUAUAGGCAGGUGACUUUAAAUGUUGUACAUAGCCAGAAACAUUAUUCUGCCCCCCCGGGGUGGAAAUCCCGCACCUGUUAGUCUGGCAGUGCCUAAAAAUGGAAGGAAGAGGUGUUUGUGUGUGUAUUAAACUGAUUUCAGUAAUUUCCACUUCUGAUUCUGAGAAAAUAAGCUUAAUUAGUGACUAGCAGAGAUUUGAGGUCCAACUAAAAUUCUGCUUUCACCAUGCUAGGUGGAGAUCAGUCGAAGAGUGACACUUGAAGAACUCCCACCAGUCCUUGUCCUACACCUCAAACGAUUUGUCUAUGAGAAAACAGGGGGGUGCCAGAAGCUCAUAAAAAAUAUUGAAUAUCCUGUUGACCUGGAAAUAAGUAAAGGUAAAUCUUCUGAACAAAGCAUCUGGGUUUUUUGUUUGUUUUACAGAAAGAGAUUAUUGUUUAUGCUUUUGGGGUGGGGGGGCGGGCCUGUUUAGGGAUUUCAGAAUCAGUGUAUAUCUUCAGGACUGGUUAAGCAGCCCAGAUUGAUCUGAGUUUAACGCCAAAUAUCAUCUCCAGUGUCAUUUUCAGUAUAUUUCUUUAUCUUAAAAAGCUUGCUGUACAUUAGUUCCACAGUCUUCAUAAAUCAGCACAAGACUAUUUCUUCCUCAGAAUUUAAUCACCAAAAUCUUGCAGCACUUGGGUGGACUUCAGUGUAGUGCUAAGGUUCCAUCAGCUUAAGAAUUCUUGCUUGUGCAAUUGAAUGUUUUGCUCCCUCAGUCUGUUCAGGAUGUUUCCCCAGCCCCCGGGACAGAUUUGGGGAGGAUGUGGGGCACAUGGAGCUGGAGGGGUGGCAUCCUGUUAGACAAGCAGAAAUCCUUGUGCUGACAGGACAUGGUACCAGAAUACUGCUGUUUCUCUCAAACUGAUGCUAUUUUAACAAUUUUGCUAUCUUUUUCUCUCAUUCCAAGGUUUGGAAUGCUGUGAUUUAACUCCUUGAAAUAACAAUCUCUGAAGUUACUUAAUCUCACAUCCUAAUGUAUAAACAUUUCUUUUUAAAAAAUAAAAUAAAGACCUAAAAAUUAAGAUCUUCGCACCAAUGUACUAUAAAACUUAUUGCUUGCCAUUUACUCUUGUGUGUCAUACCCAAAUCUUGGCCAGAUAUCCGACAAAAGGAAGCCCUCAUAUUGGCAAAGAUCAGUGAGAAGCUUAUAUCUCCUCAGGGAGGAUGGCCAUACAUCCUGAGCCGUCGCAGUGGAAUAGAAGAGCUAUUGUUGACAGGCUCAGCUUUCAGUAGUUCUUUUGUUCCUUGCAGUGGGUGCAUGCUCUUUGAUUCAUUAAAUGUGGGUAAAAGAGAGGCGGAAGUAAUCUCAUAAUACUAAAGACAGUAAUUCACUUGAAAUUCUGUUUGCUUUUUCAGAACUGCUGUCUCCGGGGGUCAAAAGUAAGAUAUUUAAAGGCCAAAGAACCUACCGGCUCUUUGCAGGUAUGUGCUCAUUUAUCUCAAAUGUAAUUAAUUUUGUCACAAGGGCUCUUGCUGUUUUAAAAUAUUGGCAGUCCUCUCAGAUCAAGCGUAUGCCCUGCUAAAAUUAAUUCUUUCUUUAAAAGUUCCCCGUUGUGUGCCUUAAUCCAAGAAUGUCAGUUCAACAAAGAUGAUAUUCUGCAACCACUCCAUAUUAUUCAAAUUAAGAAAGUUAUUCAGAGUUACUUCACAUUACAGUGGUACCUCAGGUUAAGUACUUAAUUCGUUCCGGAGGUCCGUUCUUAACCUGAAACUGUUCUUAACCUGAAGCACCACUUUAGCUAAUGGGGCCUCCCUCUGCUGUUGCGCCGCUGGAGCACGAUUUCUGUUCUCAUCCUGAAGCAAAGUUCUUAACCCGAGGUACUAUUUCUGGGUUAGCGGAGUCUGUAACCUGAAGCAUAUGUAACCCGAGGUACCACUGUACUCAGACCUGUCAGUUGAUGGCAGCCAAAUGUGCAGUCAACCUUGUGGAAUUUAGUACUUGAGUCAGUACUGACUGUGAUUGCGACUGUGGAUUGAGAGAUAGUCGCUCGCAAAGUAUUGAAAUUGGGGAGGGAAGUAACCUGCUGCUUUCAAAAAGCUUGCAUUUAGUUGUUGGUUGUUUUGCUGCACCAUUUUAGUGAUUGCAGAAGUUUAGCAAACAAACCAAUCUCUCCCAAGCAGUCUAAACUAAAAGAGUCAGAGUUUUAUCUCUCCCCCAUAUUUAAUAUUCUCCAAAAUUACUGAAUGAAUUUCAAGUGACUCCCCUGUUUUCUCAAGCCCUCUGGCAAGUAAGUUUGGGAGAGAGAUGGAGUUUUAUUACACUUUAGUUGAGGUUUGAAGAGCAUAAAAAAAAUCAGUAUCUCCCACUAUUUCUGACAUUGUGUGCCAGCCCAAUUGAGGGCACUCCUUGCUUCUUCCUUAAGCCCCGUUCUCAUGCCCAAGGGUUCUGGUCUUUGUGUGGCAAGGUGUAAUCAUCUGGCUAAUAAAACAAACUGAUACUUGUGGAACUCCAUCCCUCCGCAUAAGUUGACAAACAUUUGGACAAGCCAGUAUCCAUUGAAAUUUGUUAAUGUUGAUUCCUUCCCUGUUGUCUUAUUAGUUGUUUGGUUUUGGUUUUUUGACAGUUGUCUACCAUCACGGAAACAGUGCAACUGGUGGACAUUACACUACAGACGUCUUCCAGAUUGGUCUCAAUGGCUGGUUGCGCAUAGAUGACCAGGCUGUCAAAGUGAUUAAUCAGUACCAGGUGGUGAAGCCGUCUGCUGAGCGCACAGCCUACCUCCUGUACUACCGCCGAGUUGACCUGCUUUGAAAACUCCCCGUUUUUCUGCUGUGUUUGCCAGAUUACCUGCUUUCUAGAACGCCAACUCUCUCUAACCCUUAUUUCUCUUCCUCCCCUCAAUGAAUUCUUUUCCUUCUUUCUUCCUUCCCCUUGCAACUAUGGGAUAGAGUGAAAGAGAAGACUACCUUUUUGAGGUUUGUGACCAGCCUAGUUGGUGUUGGCUUAUUGACUUUGCUGAAUGAAGUCAUUAGGGUUUGAAAGACUCAGUCUCACGAAUCACACACAAAGUAUUUCUUCUUCUUUUUUUUGCGCUAAUGCUGAAUCCUAAGAGAUUAUUAAAACGGGGGAUUUGCAACUGAUUCCCACUUUCUAAUUGCAUAGUAGAAGCAGCCCUGCACCAGCAACAGAACUUGUAGAUUUCUGUGAAAAUGUUUUAUCUUUACUUAAAUAAAAAAACUAAAAAAAAAAACCUCUCUAAUCCUCCCCCACUAGUUUUUUGAUAAAUGGUAAAAAUGAGCCAGUGUCUAUCAAGGAAAAAAUGGUCCUCCUUUAAAAGAAAAUACUCUACAAAAAAAGUAUAAUAUACAGAGUUGCCGGUUCCUGAUAGGGAAAAAUACACAUUUUAAUAAUUGUGCGAUGAGAAACUGCUUAAGUACACAUUGCAGAUCAAAAUACUUUUGAGUUAAAAUGUUAGUCUAUAUAGAUGGGUGAUUGUAACUUUAUUGCUAUUAAGAGAUUUCAAAACUGCAUUUAUGCUUCUGUGUACAUGGGAUUUUAAAACAAAAAAUGGGCAAAAUAAUGAAAGUUGAUAUUUUUUUCAGUCUGCUUUGUUUAAUUUUGCUGUCCGCUCUCCUAUAAUGUUGAGUUCCUAAGUGUACACAGUCUAGUGAUAUCUAGGAGUAUAAAGUUGUCGCCCAUCAAUAAAAAAAAGUCACAAAGUUGAUUUAAA